AUGCUGCAGUCGGCUGCUGCUGCCACUCGUCGCCUGUCAGUGAAUCUUGGCCCUGUCUUUACUCCUCUAGGAGGUAUUUUAAAAGAUAGCUCCCCUCUCGUCUGCCCACUGUUUUCUUUCUCUCCCUCUUCCACAUCUUUCUCAACUCCAACACAAACAAAACCAACCUUCAACAACCACUACCCUUUCCAAAAACAACCAUCAUCAUGUCUGGCUGUGGAUGUGCUUCUUCUGGCUCUUGCGGCUGCGGCUCUAGCUGCACCUGCGCCGGCUGCCCUGUAA